AUGACUCGAGCUGAGCGUACGCAAAAUAUGGACAUUUUUAAGCAGGAAAAUGACGUGAGCGUCAUACUCGUUUCAUUAAAGGCUGGUGGUGUUGGGAAUCCUUCAGUAGAAAAUCAAGCGAUUGAUAGAAUCCACCGAUUAGGACAGACCUCUGCUGAUUCUGUGGAAGAGCGUAUUUUAGAAAUGCAACGUCGCAAAUUAGAACUUGCAGAGUUAACAUUAUCCAAAAAAUUGAGUAAACAAGAAAUUGCAAAACGUAGAUUAGAGGAUUUAAAAAUGCU